GGAGUGUUCACCUCUCAUAUACCACCUUCGUGACGUCCAAGAUGCGCAAACAACUUGAUCCCCGCCUGCCUACUUUGAUCAUCAACUGCGCGUUAACCAACCAGCGCUCACUGAUAAUACUUGUUGGCGACAAGUCCCGCGACCAAAUCGUCAACCUUCAUUUCUUACUCUCGCAAGCGCGCGUGAGUAGCCGACCCAACGUUUUGUGGUGCUACAAAAAGGAUCUGGGAUUUACAUCCCACCGGAAGAAGCGAGAAGCAAAGAUCAAGCGUGAGGUGAAGCAGGGUCGACGAGAGGCAAAUGAGCAAAAUCCGUUCGAGCUCUUCGUUACCCUCACGGACAUUCGAUACUGCUACUACAAGGAAACGCAAAAAGUUCUGGGCCAGACGUUUGGCAUGCUAGUACUGCAGGACUUCGAAGCGCUUACUCCGAACUUGUGGGCGAGAACAGUAGAGACGGUCCAAGGAGGUGGUAUGGUGGUCGUGCUGUUAAAGACAAUGCGGAGUCUUCGACAGCUCUAUACCAUGACCAUGGAUGUCCAUGCGCGUUACCGAAGAACUUCCUCUGGAACAGCUGUAUCACGCUUCAACGAGCGAUUUAUCCUCUCCCUGGGCUCCUGCCCAACCACACUGGUCCUAGACGACGAGCUCAAUGUACUCCCAAUAUCCUCUGUAAAGGACAUCACCCCCCUCGACCCAUCUUCAAUACCUUCAACUUCCUCCGCUCAACUCCAUUCAUUGAAGGACUCGAUAUCAGACGAGUCGGAGAGUGUACGAGAGGUGGUGGAUGUCUGCAAGACGGCCGAUCAAGCACGAGGCCUACUCGCCGUCCUGCCUCAUCUGGAGAAACAUGAGCUAAACCACACAGUCUCGCUCACCUCUGCCCGUGGUCGAGGCAAGUCUUCACUUCUCGGCCUAUCGCUUGCCCUUGCCCUCCAUUUCGGGUUUUCGAACAUCUUCGUCACGAGCCCGCACCCGAGCAACUUAAAAAGCUUGUUCGAAUUCUUGUUCAAAGGCCUGGACAAGCUGGGGUGGGAAGAGCAUUUGGAUUAUGACAUUCGGGUCGCACUGCCACAACCUGGCGAGGAGCAAGGGGCCGGGAAGGAUAUUGUGCGUGUCGACCUGAAGAAGAAGGGAAGGCAGACCAUCCAGUACAUUCACCCUCGAGACGCGCACAAAUUAUCACAAGCUGAGCUUCUCGUCGUUGACGAAGCUGCAGCCAUCCCAUUACCCUUAGUCAAGGCACUUCUUGGCCCAUACCUGGUCAUUUUGAGCAGCACGAUCAACGGGUAUGAAGGAACUGGACGAUCACUUUCUCUCAAGCUGAUCGCUCAACUGCGUGAGAGCUCUCGUUUGUCCUUGUCACAGCAAGCCUCGGGAGAUGACAAGGGGAGGUCAGCCGCGCUUAUCGCUGGCGCAUCCGCAAGAAAACUGCACGAGGUUACCCUUGACGAGCCAAUCCGAUAUGCGUUGGGCGAUCCAGUUGAAGCAUAUCUCUCCCGCCUACUACUGCUCAGCCCGCCCAACCCAAGUACUACCUCUGGCACACCCCAUCCUCGUCAAUGCAACCUCUAUUGCAUAUCGCGCGAUACGCUCUUCUCCUUCCAUCCCGUCGCCGAGAAGUUCCUCGAGAGGUGCUGGGGUUUGUAUGUGGCCGCACACUACAAGAAUGCCCCAGACGAUCUCAUGCUCCUGAGCGAUGCCCCCGCACAAAGGUUAUUCGUGCUAUGCAAAGAAAUUCAGACCGAUGCAACCACUUUGCCUGAGCCACUCUGUGUCAUCCAGGUGGCGAUGGAGGGUCGAAUAUCACGAGACGCUGUCAUGGAGGGUCUACGAGGUGGUAUCAGGGGAGGCGGGGACCUGAUACCAUGGCUCAUCAGUCAGCAGUAUCAGGACGAUGGAUUUGGAGGGUUGAGUGGAGCGAGAGUCGUCAGAAUCGCCACACAUCCAGAGUACAACAGUAUGGGCUACGGUGCGCGCGCCUUGGAUUUGCUGCGGUCUUUCUUUGGUGGAGAGCUGUUGAACUUGGAGGAAGCCGCACAGGAAGAACCACUGGAGAUGAAUCGUGAUGUCAACGACAUCGAUGCCUCCACUUCACUACAGACUGACAAGCCCAGCUUACGACCUAUCACCUCCCUUCCUCCCCUACUUCGCAAACUCACAUCUCUGACACCAGAGCCUCUCGACUACCUCGGUGUGUCCUACGGAUUAACCGCGCCUCUGCUCAAGUUCUGGAAGCGCGCGGGUUACGUCCCUCUGUAUGUGCGUCAAACGGAGAAUGAGUUGACUGGGGAGUGCACCUGCGUCAUGCUGAAACCUCUCCGCAGCGAUGGAGAUGAAUGGCUGGCCGAAUUCGCACAAGAUUAUAGGAAGCGUUUCCUCAGCCUGCUCAGCUUCAAGUUCCGCGAAUUUCCCAGUGUCAUGUCCCUCUCCUUGCUCGAAGCAGUCAAUUCAGGAGCAGCUGCGGUGAAAGAGAAACCACGGGAGCUGGACGCGCGCGAGCUGGUCAUGCAUCUGACACCGUUCGAUAUCAAACGACUCGAGUCUUAUGCUUCAAACAUGCUCGACUAUCACGUCGUGCUGGACCUCAUUCCCGUGUUAUCCAAUCUGUAUUUCCUCCAGCGUGUGCCAGCUAUUGGUCGACUGUCUGGCGUACAAGCAAGCAUUCUUCUCUCAAUUGGUCUUCAACGCAAAACCGUAGAGGAAAUUGAGUCCGAACUAGGCCUUCCUGUGAACCAAGUCCUCGCACUGUUCAUCAAAGUGAUCCGCAAGCUUUGCACCCACUUCCAAGUCUUACAGAAAGCUGAAAUUGGCGCCGAUAUCCCUGAGGAGCCGGUGAUGCCUAAGAUGAACGCGAAGGGGACGACGAAUGGCAAAGAAUGGAAAGCCCUGGAGAAGACCGUGGACGAGGAACUGGAAGAGGCUGCAGUGGAGGAUGAGGAGACGAGGCGGAGAAAACAGGAACAGAGACAGAUGAUUGACAGUCUAGACCUGUCAAAGUAUGCCAUCAAUGACGCCGCUCAAGACUGGUCAGCUGCGGAGAAGCAGGUGUCGGCGCUCACCAAGACGGGGGACAAGAAGGGCUUGUCAAGCCUCGUAAGCGUGAAAAGCACAGAAAACGCCAAGAAGAGGAAAGCCGAGGAGGAGACGAAGGGGAACGGAGAGGGGAAGAGGAAGAAAGAUGGAAAGAAGGUGAAGAGGGUGUAGAGUGGUAUAACCGUUGGCGUCGCCUGCAUUUGUCGCAAUAUAAUCUCAAC